AACUUACAAGUAUCAGUGAAACCACGGAAAGACCUAGGAAUGUCUUAGGCACACACUAGCGCACGAGAGACAACAUUUAUAAGAUGCUUUCAAUGCCAUGCCAUAAUGAGGAUGUGGGUGGAACUGCUGUGAGGAAGUGCUCCUGUAAAACAAACAAUAGAAACCAACACAUAGACACACACACACACGGAGCAGGGUUUGACAGCAGACGGCGCAGGUUCAGGUGAACAUACACACCUGCUAUGAAGAUGCUGUUCAGCCUGGUGCUCGUCUUCCUCCUCGUCUCUCCAGUGCUGUCAUUGGACUGCUAUGUGUGCAGUUCUUCUGCCACCAAUGAAGAAUGCAACGAGAACACUCAGGAGUGUCGUGUGCCGCUGGACACGUGCAUGACUACAGUUGACACUUUAGGCUUGACAAAAGCCAUAGUGAAGCAGUGUGCCAGCUGGGCCACAUGCAGUGGAGCCGCCUCGACCGCCUCAGUCGACUCAAACGGAAACGGAAACACCGUCAACUGCUGCAACAGUUUUAACUUGUGUAACUUCAGUGGAGCAGAGUCCAUUCACAUGCACACCACAUUGCUGCUUCUGACUGUAGGUGUGUUGUUACUGUGGAAGCUACAGGCUUAAGUUACACUGCUGCUCUGUUUUGGAAAAGUGUUGGGAUGAAUGUCUAAUGUAAUAUAAUGUAAUGUAAAGACUGCUUUCAGUUUGAGCUCGUGCUUUAAAUGUGGCUGUUACAUGUGAAUGUUACAUUCUGUGUUAAAUUAUGACUUUAAUGCUGAGUUCGGGUUUGUACUAGCACUUAUACUUAAGCUGAUGUGAAUAUGAAUCCUAACUCUCGACUUCAUGCUGUGUUACGCCUGGUUAUCCUGGUUGGAUGGUCCAAACUACAGCCUAAAACCACUUCAGAACGUCUGAAUAACACAUACACAGCAGUAUGACUUAUUGCAGGUCAAUUUGCUGAACUUUGUGAGAAGGUUUGUUUCAUGGAAUUCUACACCCCAAUCAAUCAUCAUCUCCAAUCAAGGGACAAUCAAAACUUCUCAUGUUUGGCUUUAACACUUCAAAUGAUUUAUAUUCCAGACUCUAAAACCGGGAAAGUGCAAACUGGAGAAAUCUGUAAUGUAGUCUUUUUAAAUAAACCUCCAUCAU